CAGUAUUUGUGGAUAUUGAGAUUCUUGUUUGUAACAAAUAGUUCGAUAGUACCAGUAUAAUAAGCAAUUGAGUUCUUCUUUAAUUAAAAGAAUUGUAUUUAUUUUAUGAAAAACAUUUAAACAAGUGAAAAAGAAGAACGUUUUAAGCUUUGCACUACAAAAAUGCCAUGCUGGUAUUAUGAGAAGAAAGAACUACGAAAUACACCAUCCAUUCAAGAUGGAAUUGAUUAUGAAACAGAAUGUAGAUAUAGAAAAGAAGGUGCAAGGUUUAUUAUUGAUACAGGCACAAAAAUGGACUUAGGAUACAAUACAAUGGCAACUGGAGUAGUCUAUUUUCAUAGAUUUUAUAUGUUUCAUUCAUUUAAAAAUUUUCCAAGAUAUGUGACUGCAUGCUGUUGUUUAUUCCUGGCGGGUAAAGUAGAAGAAACUCCAAAAAAAUGUAAAGAUAUAAUUAAGACUGCAAAAUCUUUGUUAACUGAGCAGAAAUUUAUGACAUUUGGAGAAGAUCCAAAGGAAGAGGUUAUGACAUUAGAAAGAAUUUUAUUACAAACUAUCAAAUUCGAUUUGCAAGUGGAACAUCCAUAUAGUUACUUGCUAAAAUAUGCAAAAUGCCUUAAAGGUGAUAAGAAUAAAUUACAAAAAAUGGUUCAAAUGGCUUGGACAUUUGUUAAUGACAGUUUAUGCACAACAUUAUCACUCCAGUGGGAACCAGAAAUUAUAGCUGUUGCACUCAUGUACCUAGCAGGAAAACUUAGCAAAUUUGAAGUAGUAGAUUGGAAUGGAAGGCUACCAAAACAUUUACGUUGGUGGGAUAUGUUUGUUGAGGAUGUUACUAUGGAUCUUUUAGAAGAUAUAUGUCAUCAAGUAUUGGAUUUAUAUUCACAAGCUAAUAAUACAAAACCACCAGAUUCACCACCAUUAACACCAUCUAAUGAGCCUUGUAGAGAUAGAACUAUAACAGCACCCCCUGCAGAAGCUACAGCAUCUACUACACCAAAUGUUACACCAGGAAAAGCUACUAAAGUGGAGACAGCUGCGGUCUCUGCAAAUGGAUGUCUAACUACAGAUACUACAGAUUCAAUUAAACCAAUGGAUGUGCCAACACACUUUCCGACAUAUCCAACCAAUUUUGCACCUAGUAAUAUCAAUUAUCCACCAGCAUUUCCUCCAGCAAAUGUUUCUGUACCUCCCCCUCCUGUAAAUACAAUGAAUCACAUUGUUCCACCAAUGCAUCAUAUUGGUUCUUCUGGUACCAUCAGACCUGCACCACCAGCUCCUACUACAACACCAGCACCAUUUCAACCAUAUCCCUAUCCUACAAACGCGUCAUAUUUCCCUCCAAAUAAUCCAGUGCCUCCAGCACCUACACCACGUACGUAUUAUCCACCUCAACCUUAA